UGCAAUCUUAACUUAUUCGACUAUAAAGUUCAAUGUAUAGUGUUCUACACAAUUAUUGAAGCAACUGCUUAAUCAUACCACUAUUUAUCCUUGUCAAAUGCAACAACUCUUGUACCUUGCCAUUUCCACUUUAAAGUAGCUUUCAUUUCAUUAUAUUUUGCUCACGAGCUACACAAUAACAUGAUGUUAAUUAGAGUAAUGUUCAGGUAAGUCUACUCAUCCGUUUCUGAUUAUUGAUAAAUCUUAACCAAUACUUAGAUUCUGAGAAUAUGAACUCUGCAAAAAUUGAAAAAUCUCUAAAAUCUCUUCAUGAUUGGAAACUGCCUCCAUCUUCACCCUCAGAUGCUUUUAAGCGAAGGUGUUUUUUCAAAUUUUCUUCUCAACCUUCUUCUUCUACAGUCAAAACCAUAGAGAAAGAAAUUCGCUUAUCUGAGGGAUACGCAACGUUUCCUCUCUUCCCUGAUCAUCUUCAAAGAGUUUAUAAAAACAAAUAUUCCUUCCUUCAGAUGGAAAUGAUUCAGGUGGGUGUGAAACCUACGAAACUAGGUUCGAACACCUCUGUAAUAAUAUCUCUUCGCGACAAGAGGCUUAUAAAAUUUAAUGAAUCUUUGUUAGGGUUGGUUGAAUCAAGUUUAUGCGAUGGCCCCAUUUAUUUCUACUUCUUUCCUUCCUAUUGUGUUCAUAUGUCAGAUCGUAAUCUAUGCGAAGCCUUUACCGUUGAUAUCAAAACCCAAGGAUGUAGUAAGGAUGAGAACGUGAUUCUUAUGUAUAAAUUCCAUUAUAAACCGACGUUUAGUAAUAAUGAUUUUAACAAGAAAAAGAGUAUUCACAUUGGAGAAACGACUUUGUUCCUUACAAAUCUUGUUGGUGGGAGAAAUCGUGUGGUUUCGAAGAAGAUCUACUGGGAUCAGGUUUCAUUGCCUGAGGCAUGGUUUGUUAGAAACGACGGCGGCGGCUCAGUUUCCUCCGGUGAGGCUCGCGUCGACUGGAAGGAGGCGGCGGAGGCGCACGUGUUGAAGGUGGAUGUUCCCGGAUUCAAGAAGGGGGAAGUUAGGGUUGAGGUUGAAGGUGGUAAAGUUCUCCAAAUUAGUGGGGAGAGGAGGAAGGAGGAGAGCGAUGGGAAGUGGCAUUGCAUGGAGAGGACCGGCGGAGGGAGAUUCCUCCGCCGCGUGACGAUGCCGGAGAAUGCCAAAUUGGGUGAGGUGAAGGCGAGUUUGGAGGACGGGGUGCUGACGGUGACGGUGCCCAAGGGGGAAGUCCAACGGAAGCCGGAAGUGGUGGUUAUCGAUAUUUCUGGUUAAGAGCAAAUCAUGUUCCACGUGGACGAUGAAGCGGCGAUAUGUUGGUAAGACGUUUCUCCUCCAACUAACAGGUCGGAGGUUUUAGUCACCUAAAGAGCUAGAGUGUGGAUAUGUAAUAACAAUUAGUGCCAUGUUGUGUAAUAGUGUAAGAACAGAGUGAUUCUGUAAUUCUAUUUUGAUCGGUGGGGGAGCAAGGAAUUAAUUUGAAAGAGGGCUGAACUUGUACGAGUUUGGAGGAUGGGGGUGCUGACGGUGACGGUGGCCAAGGGGGAUAUUUCUUAAUUAAUUAAGCAAAUUAAUCAUGUUUGUGGAGCCCACGUGUGCAAUUAGUGUCAUGUUGUGUAAUAGUGUGAGAACAGAGUGAUUCUGAAUUUCUGUAUUGUAUUGAUGUUUAAUAUUGAAAUGGGCGUUGAUUGUAUCA